CCAUAUCUUCAAUAUUUCUUGCAUUCCCUGGUGAUCAGUCCACUACCCAUUUAUGGAUUAUAGAAAAAGCUUCCACCUUUGAUUUGGGUUUCAUUUUUUUUUGUCGAACCAUAUUCACUCUCAAUUACUGGGUUUUACUUAUCUGCUUUGCCUGAUCUUUUAUAGAUUUCUGAACUGGGUGGCUUCUUUGUUUACUUUUAUAAUAGCAAUUCUGUUUUUGUCAACAGAGAUGGCUUCCAAGAUUGGUUUAUAGCCGAAGUUAUACAUACGAGACCAAUAUAUUUGUAAAAAGGAGAAGGUUUGGAAUUUGUGUAGUGGCCAAGCCAGUCUGUGCUUGCUUGUCCAUCGUUGAUGGCGGAAUUGGUUGGGCCGAGGUUGUACAGUUGUUGUAAUUGCCGAAAUCAUGUUGCCCUUCACGAUGAUGUCAUUUCUAAAGCCUUUCAGGGAAGAAAUGGUCGAGCCUUUCUGUUCUCGCAUGCAAUGAAUUUUACAGUCGGCCCUAGAGAAGACCGCCACCUCAUGACUGGUCUGCACACGGUUGCGGAUGUCUACUGCUGCGACUGCCAUGAAGUGCUGGGCUGGAAGUAUGAACGAGCCUAUGAGGAAACACAGAAAUACAAGGAAGGGAAAUUCAUACUUGAGAAAUCUAAAAUAGUCAAGGAAAACUGGUAGUGUGUGCGAGAAUCUAGUUAUCUGUCUGCCUGCAAAUGUAAGUUUAUGGGGGCCUCUAUUCAUCUUGUUCAGAAAAUUCCCAUCAAUUGAAAAAAUUCAAUUAUUGUUGCUCA